AUGGACAAGAACAAAUCUUUACCCUCGACCCCACAGUAUCCCAUAAGCGGGAGGCUGCGAGACUUUAUAGCACUGUGCCCAAAGAUCAACACAAGAGAUUCUCCCAAUACGCUGGCUGCCACGGUUCGUAAUGCAGAACUGAGGAGAGAUAACCAGUUCAAGCCGCUUGGACGUGGAGAGAACACCACGCGGCCACACAACCCCACAUCAAGCAUGAAUGAGCUAAAUGCUAUUCAAAACUACGUGAUUCCAAUCAAACGAACGCCAUCAUACCUCACUCCUUCCCAAAGGCUUCAGCUUCGCAGGGACCAGAUGUCCAACAGCAUCGUUAAUUAUAGAUUACCCGGUGAUGACAGAGUUAGAUCUAAUCGCCAAACGAAAAACCUGGAAUUCAGCUCGAACGACCUAGAUAUCGACGCGGAGGAUGAUAUCUGCAAUGUGCCUUUUGCUCCGAAUCACGAGUACGCCGAGCAGGGCUACUUCAAAGGCCCGAGGGAAAUCAAUAGGUACUCAGUUAACACCGACUCCACAAGAUCUUCGUCAAUAUGGAGUCACAAUAGUGUCGCUGGAAGAGACUCUACCAUCAGCUUGGACACUGAACUUUCAUAUGACUUUGAUUCGAAUACAGAUUCAUAUCUUCGAAUGAAGUGCCCUAGGCAUUCUGACCUCGAUGACAUUUCUUUUAGGCUAGAUGGGAAUGAGGCAGCCUACGAAUAUGAGAACGCCCGUCAGAGAUACCGCCUUUUAACCCGCUCAUUGGAGGUGAUACCUACACACUCGUUAGAAUCAGUCCCAGAAUCAGGGAGUAUUUCAAGUAAGCACUAUCUUGACAAUUCCAAAUCGCUAAGCAACGUCUUAACAUACACACGUCCAACUUGGCUACCUCCAAAAUCACCCAAGGAUAGAAAUAAGCAUCAUAAGGAGGCCAGCAAGAUUUUCAGAAAUGCCAUGAAACAAGUCUCCACUGAACAACAAAAGCGACAAAAUGAGAUAAAAUAUCAUCUUGAGCAAAGAGAGAAAGACAUCGACCGUUGGCACAGCCUUCUAGCCGAUGAUGAAUUACUUCAGGUACGUCACGACCCUCAGUUAAGGGAUAUGUAUUGGAGAGGAAUACCGUCGAGUGUCAGGGCAACAGUGUGGACAGAACUACUCAGUUCAUCCUCGCGUCUAAACAUGGGGGAUUCUCGAUGGUAUCUCAACCAAGUUGAUUUGAUACUCUGCAAUUCUGAUCAACUUACAGGUAGUGGUAGCUAUGCUGUUCCUUCAAAUAUCAAGCAGUUUGAUCGCAAAAUCAUACAUGAUAUGCGAAGCCAAUUUGGGAGUCAGUUGACUUCUGAACAAUUGGCAAACCUACGAAAAGUAAUAUGGGGUGUGAUAUUUUUCAUGAAUGAGCGUUAUCAACUAUUACCGAUUACAAGGGCAACAGCUCAAAACAUAAGGACAGACUACUUUUUCCCGGGACUCUUAGAUUUGACCUAUAUUGUUUGGAGAAACAGCGGGGACGUAUCGUCAGCCUUUGUCAAGUUCUGUAACUUGUUUCUGUCGCCUACGUUAGCUGACUUGGUCGCCUAUAUUGGUGAAACAAACGAUUUUCAGAGGCGUAUUAUAUUUGAACGAUCAUACGGCAACUUAAUUUAA